CCGGGUCCCCGCCCUGUUCCCGGUUCCCAAGCUGGGCCCCUGCGGCCUUUAAAUGCCGCCCAGGGCCGGCGCGGUGCAGCCCUUGCCACCCUUCUUCUUCGGGCAGCGACAGCAGCACCCUGAGGCAGAAGGCAGCCCGACUCUUCAGCUGCGGUCAGGGCGGCUGCGGCCACCUCCGACCUCCUGGCCCGCGCCGCCUCCAACUCCCCUCCCCCACCUCUCUGGCUUGCCUACGGGGUCGGCGUGGGGCCCAGGCGCGCGCCCGCGCGCGUCCGUGUGUGUGUGCGCGCGCGCGCGCCCGAGUCAUUCUCGGACCCGCGCCCCCGCCCGGCGCAGGACUACCCCGGGAUCUGUCGGCUCGCAGAGUCUCUAGUCCCCCGACACCCGGCCUCCAGCCGUGCAGUCCGCCGCGCUCUGCAAGAAGAUGGCGGGAUCGGUGGCCGACAGUGAUGCCGUAGUGAAACUAGAUGGUGGACAUUUAAACAACUCCUUGAGCUCUCCAGUUCAAGCCGACGUGUACUUCCCAAGACUGAUAGUUCCGUUUUGUGGGCAUAUCAAAGGGGGCAUGAGACCAGGCAAGAAGGUGUUAGUGAUGGGCAUCGUUGACCUCAACCCUGAGAGCUUUGCCAUCAGCUUGACCUGUGGUGACUCGGAAGAUCCUCCAGCCGAUGUGGCAAUUGAACUCAAAGCUGUGUUCACAGACCGGCAGCUACUCAGAAAUUCUUGUAUAAAUGGCGAAAGGGGUGAAGAACAGUCAGCAAUCCCUUACUUUCCAUUCAUCCCCGACCAGCCAUUCAGGGUGGAAAUUCUCUGUGAGCACCCACGUUUCAGAGUGUUUGUGGAUGGACAUCAACUUUUUGAUUUUUACCACCGCAUUAACACGUUAUCUGCAAUUGACACCAUAAAGAUAAACGGGGACCUCCAGAUCACUAAGCUCGGCUGAUGUUUAAACCACCUCUAUUUCAUAAACAGGAACAGGUGCCACAACUCUGACUGUUGGUCUGGAAGAAGUGUCUUGGCAACAUCUGGAGACUUAAAAAGGAAACAAAAACAAAAGGCAAGCUCUACUGUCUCUUCUUUGCAGUUUAAACCCAAAAUGACUUCAGCCGAGGUUUGCCCUUAAGAAGCUGUUGGCGCACAGACACCGAGCCCUUAUUCCCAGAACAAAGUAAUACAUUUAUGCUGGAUUUUAUUCAGACUAAACUGAAGUGGAUUUGUAAUGAUUUGUGAUUUGGUAGCAAGUUAUCUCUUCAAAGGAAGGUGAUGCUUAGAAACAAAAGUGCUAAAGACAAAAUAACAGCAAAAACGGCACGCCGAAGCCAACUCAUUCUGCACUGAAGUGGAAUUGCGUCGCACAACCAACAUCUUAGUCAGGGUAUUUACAUGGAAUGUAGGCUGUUCGAGGUUUGUUUGGUUGUCUGUUUUUGUUUUUUUGCAUAGCAUUAUGUUAAUUCAGAGUUUUAAAGCUUUCUCAUAUUUAUUUAUACUCAACAUAUGUAUUAGAGAAUGAUUAAUAUCUCAAGAAGAACAAGUUAAGAACUUUUGAAUGUACAAAUAUCUUAGGUCCCAGGGGGGAAACUACAUAUCACAGUCAUGAAACAGGUGGAUUUCUGCCUUAAAGAAUUGGCUCAUAUCCUCCAGACCCCUGCACUUAGGAUCUCUUGAUAUAAAUUGCUGUAAGUGCUUUUGGGAAGACGUUCCAGAAUUUUGGUAAAACUGCUUUUUGAGUUAUUGAUAAUUAAUGUAAAAUUAUAUUUACAUUGCUUUUUCUCCUUACUGUGAAUUAGCACAGUAUUGGCUUUUUAAAAAUACUCUAGCUAUUUUUCCCUAGAUUUACAUAAUGUCUCCUUAAGUUGCUGUUAAACUAAUUGACAACAUAUGAGAGGUGAUUGCAUAGACAAUUUUUAAGUGACUAUUAUAUAAACUUUUAAGGAGAUAAUAUGAAAAUGAUACUGGAAUGCAGUGUAAAGCGGAAGCAAAUGACCCCAAAUAACUUACUUGCAAAUAAUUUAUAUCAACUUACGCUGUUAGCUCAUCAUAUCACUUUUAUUACGUGACCCUCACCAGUAUCCCUAAGCAAUGCCUUUGCAGCUUCAGAGUAGAAGAUGCUUCCUAUUUUGUUGGUUGGCUCUGCUGAGAUACUAGGAUAAGACAGGCUCCAGAUUAGGAAGUGAACUGAUCAGUUUAUCUGAAAGGUUAACCCCCAGAACUCCAGGUCUUUGAGUCCAGCGAACAGUGUGAACGCUCCCAGUUAAGCUGUAGGAGAUUCCUGCACCUGUGAAACUGGUCAGACAACAGUGCCCCUCCAGUGGGAGCCUGCAGUGCUGUCAGUGUCAUCAAGAGUCAAGGGAUGGUAGUGGUCCUGGGUGCUAAACUCCAACGGCAUUGGCCCUGGAGGGAAGGCCCCUUGGCAUUGUUUUGGUCAGGUAGUGGGGGGAAGGGGAGAAAGGGGUGCUGGGGUGGGGGUGUAUUUAUGUAUAAUUUAGGUUUUGUUUGUACAGCAUACCACGUCAUAUUAUGACGUGUCCUUGCCCAGCUUUGCUUUUGAGUUUUUUUACACAACAUGCAGAGGCACUGAAAUGGCCAUGUCAUUUCACGUGUCGAGAAUGUAGAUAGUGUUUCAGUACCAAAGUCUAAGAAAAAGAAAACUAAAAUUUCAAAUUUUUUAUAGGUGAUAUAUUUGGAUUCUUCUAACCUUUGAAACUGUCUAGCACAGUUCCAUUGUGUUAUAUAAGAAGAUACUUUACCCAAACAAGACUGGCUGAGCAUUGAAAAGCUUUAUGGACCAGCUGACUUAAUCAGCCAUAUUCAGCCAAGAGGGCUGUUCUGUGGCUCCAGGUAUUUUCAAGCCUGUGGUUAACUUCUCAUGGCUCACAAAGCCAGUAGAUUUUGAGGAGUGUUUGUAGAGAAACUUGGAGGGUAUCUUGAAAUGUAUCUGUAGGGGUUUGAUUCUACUUAUGGUGGAAGACCCCCACAGGAGGUUUCCCUUGAGUGGCCAUCCAUUCCCACCCACUGCAUAAUUCAGCAGAAACUAGAGGAGUUGGAAGUGUAACUGAUUGGAAUUGACACUCUGUACUCUCCACCUAUCAGCUAACCAGUUAGCAGCCAAGCCCUUAGGCAGCUUAGUGUAAAGAGGGCUGUUAACCCUUCAUUUCUCUAUGAGGUCAGUGGGAACCUCUUUGUUAAGCCUCUUGGAAUUAAUCUAAAUGAUGUGAUAGUUUGAUUCAGAUAUAGGUAAAUUAGCAGGGGCCUAACCCAGCAAUACUGAUCAUUAGCUAUAAACUAGAGACAAUGUUCAAAUGAUGUUCACACCUUCUCAUUGGCAUGUGAGGUCUACGGUGGGAAUUCAGGAUACAAAGUGCAAUUUAAAGCUUCACAGGAAAGCAUCUGGGUGUGUAAGGAGUUAUUUCUGACCAGAGCCUUCUUUUGCAAUGUGACCAAAACCAAGCAGUGUUAUAAUAGUCAGGCUCUGGGGGAAUAAAAGGCAGGCUUUAGACAAUCUAUCCAUUUCUGCAUCAAAAUUGGAGUGAAUGUUUAUAUCUGCAUAAAAGUCAAUAGAAGUGACUUCUACUUCUGGGCUAUCCCAGAAUUGUCUUAAAGUUCUUUAUUAUUAUUUUUUAAAUUUGAAACCCCAUUUCAAAUCUUGCCACCUUCAGUUCAAAACCCUCUAACAGAUCACUCAUAGAAUUGAUGGUGAUUUGUUAAAAUGGCAAAUCUUUUCAUUUGUAUUAAAAAGAAAAUAUCCAAAAAGAGGGAGGGAGCCCCACUGCCUUGAGAGAAACAGCCUUGGCAUUUUCUGGCAUUAAUGUAGAGAUGAUGUUCCUCCGACGGAUAUUUUCAAAGAAACACUUUCUUAUUUACUGUGUGGUGUAAAAUGUGCAUAAUAUGUUCUUACAUUAUUAUGUCACUGCUGAAAGUUAUUUGCACUAUAAUAAAGACAUUUUUUACAAAA